AUGCUGAGGUCAUUUUUCAUGCCAGGAUCCUUCAAAUUUUGUGCAGGGGAGUCUGACUACCAAUGGUCAACGACUUUAGUCCUCGUCGCACAGGCUUUAGCAGUUGGGGUUGGUAGUGUGGCACCAGCAGUCAGGUGGUUCACUUCAGUGAUAUACAGGUUGCCAAGAAACCGGAAGAUAAACUGUACAGGAAUAUGUUUCAAAGUGGAGAAGUACUGGAUUCAGUGUCUAGUAGAGAUCAAAGAGUGUCCAUUCAUACGCAUCGAAAGCCAGCAACUCCGAAAACUUGCACAUGAAGCAAAGCGCAGUUGCUUGGACACUAUUAUUCGAGCGCAAAUUGGAAUAGUAAUGGGAUGCAAAUUGAUUCAAUUCAUUUCCAUCUUCUGUGCAUGCAUAAUUGUGAAGGUCUGUGAUUCGUGCAGCAAGUUGAAGAAGCUGCUACCAAGUGAAAGCAUUUCAGCUGAUCAGAGCAUGGAGACCAAAAACUUAGAUCUAAGCCGCUUCGUUUUGCAUUUUGAAGGUGAGGAAGAACUUGUGGAAGUGACAAUGAGGAAGAAUUGUACUGCCACAGAUAACUGGAUGCGGGAGGGGGAAAAGAAACAGCCAAAACAUCUCACUGACCUGUUGAAAAAGGCAACCUUUGCAGAAGGAUUCAAGGGAGUAAGAGAAUUCGACUGCGACCAAGUUUGCAUCCUGGAUUGUGAAGAGCCUCCACAACCUUGGUCUCUUCCUAUAGUUACUUUAACAGCCAUUGCAAUUUCACUCCCAAAUAUAAGUAGUUGUUCGGUCAAACAGUUGUUGUGCAGUGUACAUGAGGGGCUCGUGUAUGUCAAACUCAUAGAAGAACAUUUGGAUGGGAAAGAAGAGCUGACUAACACAAGAAGAGCAGCAUUUAAAGUGUGGUCGGGUGUCGACAUAUACCACAAAUGGCUGGAUGUGGAUCUUCAUAAACUAUCCUUGAAAUCGAAAAGCACAAGAGAAGUACUUGAACUGCUCGUUGAAGGUGGAAAGAGCAGGCUUGCAGAGUUUAAGAAUGCAUAUCCAACUGAAUGCCCAAGGAUCAACCCUUCAGAAUGGCACGCCGAGGCAUUGGCAGCUAAUUCCAUGUAUAGAAUAAGCAGCACCAUUCUGAAAAACUAUCAGCACUACAACAUGGCUCCAGGGGAGAGCUUAUUUCCAUCACUUGUUGUGCUCAUCUCCGAUCUAUUGGCAGCUUGUCUCACUAACUUGAGACCAUUCAUAUUCAGCAAGUGUUUAAAGACCACAAUUGAAGAGAGAAAAGGCAGUGUCAGGGAAGCAGUCUACAUCCUUGGCCAGAUGGUAGAGAUAGUGAAACUUCUUGACCAAAGUUCACUAUCCAUUGUGUACUCCGACAAAAUCACAACCAUUGCGGACUGGCGUUCAUUGCACAAAGCGAUCAAACCUCUGGCAAUAGCUCCUCAUCCAACAAUGGCUGAUACAGCUUCAAUCAAUGCAGGAGAGAAGUACCUAAACAUCAGCUGA